AGGAGCCCUCGGAUCCUAGGUGCAAGCAGUUGGGAGGAUUUAUGCAAAUAUCAAAAUGCCAUGGAUGGGUGGGCGUAUUCGGUCUGGAGGAAUGUGGGGGAGGAGCGCCGGACACCUGUGCAAGACUGAAGGGGAGGAAGUUCAGUACACCCUGUGCAAGACUGAAGGGGAGGAGCCGGUACACCUGUGCAAAGACUGAAGGGGAGGAGCCGGACACCUGUGCAAGACAUGAAGGGGAGGAUUCAGUACCGGGACAAGACGAAGGGGAGGAGCCGGUAACACCUGUGCAAGAGACUGAAGGGGGAGGGGGAGGAGCCCGGUACAUCCCUGUGCAUGACCUGAAGGGGAGGAGCCCGUUUACACCUGUGUUGCAAGACUGAAGGGGAGGAUGCUUAGGUACACCUGUGAGCAAGAACUGAAGGGGAGGAGCCGGGUACACCUGUGCAAGACUGAAGGGGAGGAGCCGGUACACCUGUUGCAAGACUGAAAGGGGGAAAGGUACAGCACGACUGAGACACCUGUGCAAGACUGAAUGGAUGGGAGCCCGGUACACCUGUGCAGACAAGGGGACUGACACACACCUGGCAGGAGGAGGGGGAGCCGGUACACCUGUGCAGACUGACAUGGGAGGAGCCGGU